CGCCCGCCGACCGCCUCUGCUCUCGGCGCAGGCGCUGCUGGGGCCCAGGGCUCGGGGAGGAGCGGACGCCGCCGGUGAGGAUGGUGCUGGAGAGCGUGGCCCGCAUCGUGAAGGUGCAGCUCCCCGCGUAUCUGAAGCGGCUCCCAGUCCCCGAGAGCAUAACCGGGUUCGCCCGGCUCACAGUUUCAGAAUGGCUUCGGUUAUUGCCUUUCCUGGGUGUACUUGCACUACUUGGCUACCUUGCAGUUCGUCCAUUCCUCCCAAAGAAAAAACAACAGAAGGAUAGUUUGAUUAAUCUUAAAAUACAAAAGGAAAAUCCCAAAGUGGUGAAUGAAAUAAACAUUGAAGAUCUGUGUCUUACUAAAGCAGCUUAUUGUAGAUGUUGGCGUUCUAAGACGUUUCCUGCCUGUGAUGGUUCACAUAAUAAACACAAUGAAUUAACAGGAGAUAAUGUGGGCCCACUAAUACUGAAGAAGAAAGAAGUAUAAUAGUAAUGAAUUAGGAUUGAAUUGUGUGCUGUAAAAUCUUAUAAUGAUAUCUUUUUACUUUUUGUGUAUAGAUCUUUCAAAUGGUGGUCUUAAUUACUACUACUGGUGGAGUAAUUAUUUCUGCCAAUUUAUUUUCUUGCUACACUACUGUUUAUAUUUGAUACUUCAUAUAUUCAAUCAUAUAGAAAUUAAAUUGUGCAACCCUUUUAUUCUGACUUCAAAGAAUUAAUGUAUUUUCCUCCAAUAAAACCAACACUUCUGAUUUUAACUAAUUGAGGAAAUAUCUAAGUCUGGGGCAAUAGUUUCCAAACUAUUUCUUUGAAAACCAAUAUUUUCAAUAGAAUAUAUAAUUUACAAUUUUCUCCCUACUCUAUUAAACAUAUUAUCUUUCAGUUUUCUUCUGUUUUGAUCAUUUGAAGGACUUGUUUCUUUUUCAGCCUUCCACACUCCAAUCUUUUUAGAUCAAUAAGAAAAAUAUUGCUCUUAAGAAUUACUUGGGUUUUCAAAGAGAUAAACUCUUUGCUUUAGAGAGAUUGUUGUCUAGUAAAUAUAAAUAUCCCAAUUUCAGGGAAGAUGUGAACUGGAUAUAAAAUGUUCCAACAAGGAGCACUUAUUUACAUUAUAAAAGUUUGUUUACUUUACAAUGGGCUUGUUUGCCUCUGUUUAGGUAUAUUGUGUAUCUUGAGCUAUUUGACUCACUGACAGGCUGGGGUGGGGUGGCAAGAACACUUAUACCUAAACUCAUGAGCUGCUGAAAUUUGAAGGUCAAUGAGAAAUAAACAUAUUUUUUAAAAAAGUUCAGUGGUCAAAAUUGUAUUUAUAUGAAUAUUUUCCUCUUUAUAACAGUGUAAGCCAAUAAAACAGAAUACAAAAAGUUUGCAAAAUAAACUUACCGGAGCUUUAAAACUUGUGUAAUUUUUAAGCCUAAGAGUCUAUUAGUUUCAUCUUAUACUGUAUUACAGUUAUUAUAUUAUUAGCUAUUCUAAGUCUGUCUAUUAAAGGUAGAAUCCAGUCAGCACCCUAUGCCUUCAUUAUAAGUGGAGAAGGUACGGGGGCAGACGUGUAACUCUUCUUCCAAUCAUAAAGUUAUUGAGCACUUAAUGUACCAGACACUGCACUGAGCAUGGUACCUGAGUUUUUAAUUUAUUACAUGUAAUGACAAUAGGUUCUGUUGUGUGAUCUUGACUUUUACAUGACCAACAGCAGGAAUUUUAAAGUUAGGGUUAGUAAUGUAGUUUUGGUUUUGAGAAGUUUUAGAAGGUAUAAAUCCAAAAUUGU